ACUACUCUUAUCGCUCACCUUCCUCCCACCCUUAACACACGCUUCUUCCUCUCUCUUCUCACUCUCUCUUUCUCUCUCCCUCUGUUUUAUCGUUGGAUUUAUCAUUUAUCGCAUAUAUUGAGGGAGAAAAAGAAACCCAGAGAUGAUGGAUGGAUGGUUUCAUGGUUCUUAAAUAAUGAGUUAAGGAUGUGAUCUUUGGAAGAAGAGGGAUAGAAUACGAGCUUAAAGCGUUUUCUUUGUUGGUUUUGGUUUUUUUCAUGGUUGGGGGUUGAAUAUGUGAGGAUUUUGUCAUUUGGUGAAGUGGGUUUUCUCUUGAAGGAUCUUUGGUUUUUUAAUUUUUUUCCUGAAAGGUUUUGUUUUUUGGGAUUUUUGGAACCAGUUUAAUGGCUGGAAGUAAUGAAGUCAACCUCAAUGAGUCGAGGAUGGUUGUCCCAUUGAAUACGUGGGUCCUUAUCUCAAACUUCAAGUUAGCAUAUAAUCUUCUUCGACGUCCUGAUGGGACUUUCAACCGCCACUUGGCAGAAUUCCUGGAUCGAAAAGUCCCACCCAAUGCGAAUUCAAUUGAUGGGGUUUUUUCGUUUGAUGUCAUCAUUGACCGUGAAACUAGUCUUCUUAGCAGAAUAUAUCGACCAGCCAAUGCUGAAGAUCCUCAGACCAAAUAUGUUGAUCUUGAGAAGCCUGUGACCUCUGAGGUUGUUCCUGUUAUAAUUUUCUUUCAUGGUGGAAGUUUUGCCCACUCUUCUGCAAAUAGUGCUAUAUAUGAUACUCUGUGCCGUCGGUUAGUUGGAAUAUGCAAGGCUGUGGUCGUCUCGGUCAACUAUCGUCGCGCCCCUGAAAAUCCAUAUCCUUCUGCCUAUGAUGAUGGAUGGACAGCCCUUCAGUGGGUGAACUCAAGAUCAUGGCUUCAAAGCAAGAGGGACUCAAGAGUUCAUAUAUAUUUGGCGGGUGACAGCUCUGGCGGAAACAUCGUGCAUAACGUUGCUUUAAGAGCAGCAAGAACUGACAUUGAAAUAUUGGGAAAUAUACUGCUCAACCCAAUGUUUGGUGGGCAGGAAAGAACCGAGUCGGAGAAACGAUUAGAUGGGAGAUAUUUUGUCACCCUUCAAGACCGAGAUUGGUACUGGAGAGCUUUUCUCCCUGAAGGGGAAGAUAGGGACCAUCCGGCAUGUAAUCCGUUUGGUCCAAGGGGUGAAAGUCUUGAAGGAAUUAAGUUCCCUAAAAGCCUUGUUGUGGUGGCUGGUUUGGAUCUUAUUCAGGACUGGCAAUUGGCUUAUGCUAAAGGGCUUGAUAAGGCUGGUCAGAAGGUGAAACCUCUAUAUCUGGAGAACGCAACAAUAGGGUUUUACUUGUUGCCUAAUAAUGACCACUUCUAUACUGUAAUGAAUGAAAUAAGUGACUUUGUGAGUUCUGACUGUGCAUAGAAAUUGACUUUACCAACAAGGCUGCGAUACAUAACAGAGCUUGACAUUAUCGCCCGAGGUAAUUAAGAGGGUUGUUUACAAGUUUGUGUAAGAUUGUGUAGUAAUACUACUUACUGUUUUAUUGAUUGUUGUGGUAUUAAGAUCCUGCUGGGGGUCUGGUCCUUGGACUACAAAAGGGUCAGGCUUGGUUUUCAGAAGCAGAAGGUAUAAAUCUGCAUCUAGGUGGAUCAGGAUGCUUUUAUUUUGGUGGAAUCCAAGUUUCUGAUAUUGGAUAUGGAUUUGAUAAAGCUUUUAGUUGCAGCAGUAGCUGUUUGACUAAGCGUAGCAGUACCACCAAAAACUAAAAGAUUACCUAUUAUUGACUUAUGGCCACAAAGAAGAGCAACAUAGGGGAUUUUGGGGUAACAUUUGGUGGCUGAUCAAUCAGGUCGGUGCCUGGCUAAUGAUAUAUAUAAAACUAUAUAAUAUAUUUAGCUAAUUUCAAGACAUGGAUGGAAGAACAUCCAUGGUAUUGUGAUCUUUGUAAUGUCUAUAGAUAUGUCUUAGACCAUAUAUAAAAAUGUUUGUUUUAUUA